AUGAUGUUUCCUGCCGUCGCUGCACCGCGGCGUCGGCUGCCCGGCGAGCGUCUGCAGAGGUCGCAGAACCCAGUGGAAACGUCUUGGCUUUCUUUCCGGAUACUCGCGACUCGCGGUCCUUGCGUGACUUUCACAUUCCUCUUUCUCACUGUCGCCUUCCUGGGGCUUUCCUGGGUCUCCGUCGCCGUCGCUGCACAUGCAGAGCAUCCCGAAGACUCUGCAACCAACUUUCUUUUUUCUUUCGCGGAGAACUCGCUCGCGAAUCGCGAACCACCGGAAGACAGCGCUGCGCGACCCUCCAGCCGCAGCGGUGGAGCUGAACGCCGCCGUCUCGACUCACUCAUCCCAGGUUUUCUGAAGCGGCGCCGCAUCUUCAAGCAGUUGCGGCCUGUCGACGAGUUUCAGCUUCGAGAGUUUCAGGAGGCGUCGUCGAAGGUGAAGGCUCAGUUCUUCAGCGCAGGUCACUCGAGGGUGACGUUUGUGGACCGGCCGUCGGCGGCGUUGCUAAGUUUUCUCCACCUCGAGGAGGAGGACGUCCCCUACGGCGUCGUGAUCAAGGCGAUUCCGUACGACGCCUUCGACUUCUACGAGUCCGUGGCGGAGCCGUACAUCCACCGCAUGUUCGACGACCCGCGAAAGUUUCCGUACGUCGUGCCUGUGCUCGCGGCGCUGCGAAGUACAUCGAAGCGAGUCCUGUACCUGGUACUGCCGCUCUACCGCGAGCUACCGGAGACGGUCGACGAAGAGGCGCGAUCGGUCGACUUUGUGUUGCUGCUUGCGGAGAUGGCCAUGGCGGUGUGCCAGCUUCACGAGCGCAACUUGGCACACCGCGACCUGAAGGAGGACAACUUUCUGGUGAGCCCCGAGGGUCACAUCGUCGUCUCGGACUUGGCGACGCUGGACAUCACAGACAACAAGUCGUUUCUGAUUGGAACGUCCGGCUACAUGCCCCCAGAAACGCGCAGCAGCUACUUGCUGCGGAAGGGAUACACGCGCUCGCGGUACGGCGAGAAGACGGACGUAUACAGUCUCGGAGUUGCCUUCCGGCACCUUGCAUUCAUGCUCGAAGGACUGGGCGUUCAGGUGCCUCACAGGACGCAGCUCGCGAAGCUCAUCAAAAAGAUGACAAGCGCCGACCCCGAGAAACGCCCGCUUAUCGGCGAGGUGAUGGAAGACCCGUUCUUCGCCUCCGUCGACUUCCGCCUCGUCAGACAACGAGCUGGGAAACAUCCUUUCAAGAAACUCCCCGGCGCGGACUUACUGGUCGAGCGCCAGCGCGCGCGGCUCGAAGCGCGCGAGAAAGCGGACGCGGCGGCGAAGGCGGCAGACAACGCAGAGGUCCCGGCCGCCAAGUCACCCGCCGGAAAAACCGGCGGAGCGGGGACACUGAGUGGCGACCGCGACCGCGCAGGAAGCGGCGAGAAGCCUGCAGAACGAGCAGAAGAAGAGAAAGGACGCGGACGCGGAGCACAGACGCACGAAGGAAACCACGACCGGACAGACGACACCGGAAGAGAAGAACUGCGGGAAGGACCCGGGGACCAGAAACCAUCGGGAGAGGAAAACCGAGGAGGAGGCCAACCACCUGGCCAGCGAGAAGAGCAGAGAGAGGGGACAGGACUCGAAGAGGGCUUCAACAAGGAAGACGCACAGGAGAGCUGAAGGAAGAAAAACGAAGCAGAGGAGGAAGGACGUGAACAGGAAACUACUGACAAAACGGAGGACGAACGUGAGGUCAUUGUCCGGGAAGACAACCCAGGAGAAAAGGAAACCGUCAAGAUGGAAAACGCAAAAAAGAUAGAGAGACGACAGUGCAGUCGACAGUGGCUGUCGGGGUGGCAGCACUUAGGAGAGUGUGGAGACGGAAGGGCAGGUCUGGAAGCGAAUGAAGCAUGCGACUUUUUCUACACAGCAGCCGCAGUGCGAUCGUCACGUUUGAAGUUUGUACAGCCCUUGGGGGUAAAACCGUUCAAGGACAGAGACGGUCGUCGGAGCGUACACUUACAUCGACGGUAGCCAGUGGUGGCACAAACACGAGGAAUCGAAAGAACUGAACGAAUUUAAAGACACCAAGACUUCAAAAAAGGGAAGGACUCGCGAAAAAAAGGCGGAGCUGCGAAGGCGUUGAAGACAAGAGGCCUAGUGCGAGAGGCGACGGCCGAGGGGGCAGCGAGCAGCUCUGUCGUCGUUGUCGAAUUCCGUCUGGUUUCCUGUUUUUUACCGACUGUCACUGGGACUGGCAGAUUUUGCGUUGUUCGCGGGAGACAAGAGUCGGGAGGUUGCUUCGGCGAGUAGAGUUUCUCCGAAGACGAGGGGUGGCUGUCGGAUCCUUCCGGAUAACGCGAGUCAGUGAGAGAGCUGUUGAACGCAGUUGCCAAGGCGAACAGAGUGUUCGUCGCCGGCGUAUCAAGCACUUGGUGGUGGAGAAAAGAGGUAUCUGUAGAGACUGUGGCGCAGCCGCAACCGGUGCGCGAUUUCCCUCGGGCUCUCGGACAGAACUCGAGGAACGCGAGAAGCAAGAAGGCAAAGGUACCCUCCGGCUCGGACAAUUUAUCAGCCGAUAUGGCCGGUCCGGAGAAGUGUGGACCACGCUUGUUUUUGUGCGCCACACAGCUGUCGCAGGUACAUGAGCAGACGGAACAUCUUUGAGCUCCGUUUGCAGUAGUGAUCUUUCUGUGAACAUGGCAAAGAAGAACGACUUGUCUUUCUCCCUUGUGCGACCUGAGAGGUUGAAAAACGACGACUGGAGGCGCGUGCGUAGCAUCUGUUGGCUCGCGCAACUGUCUGUCUCUCAUCUGUCACAGGAAGAACUCUGCGUUUCGUUUUCCGGGGAAUGUCGGCAAGCGGGUGUUUUCCCAAAGUCUCGUCUGGGGACCUCACAGCACAGAAAGUCGAUUUUGUGGAAGCAAGAGUUCCCGACGAUCGGGGCAUGGAGGACCGCUUCGCAGUUUCCGGUGCUCAGUUGACUGAGGCCUGUGCGUGGAAAAGUGAUGACGUUCAUGUUCCAUGUGAAAAAAACGCAGAGGCUUCGGAUUUCCGUUGUUGACAGACGCUUUCUUCUUGCAUCUGAGUGUCACGACCAAGCACGAGACUUCGAACGGCUUUCCCUGGAUCGAGGGAAACGACUGGCACUCGCUUUUGGUUCACGCGACGCUUCAACUGAGAUCCUCGCCACAUCGAAAGUCUCCACUCUCCUCUGUAUUUAGCUGAGAACCGGCACAGCGUCAGGCGAGAGACCCGCCAUGGGAGUGUGCC